ACGGAAGCGAAGCGAACCAACACGCCAUUGCGCCAUGCCCAUCUCGCAACUCCUCUCGCCGCCUUCCCUCCCAUCCCCGCCGCCGCGUCUCCUCCGCAACGGAGCGCCACUAAGGUGCUCGACGCCACUCCGUGCCGCCCUAGCGCUCCCGCCCCCGCGCCACCUGGGGCUCGCCGCGGCCCGUGGCGAUGGCGGGACGCUGGGCGCCAGUAGAGCGCGGGCGGUUAGGGUUUCUGCGGUCCCCGGAGACGGCGGUCCCGUUGCUGGUGGUUCGGGGAUCGCGGCGGCAGCGGCGGCAACUGUGGUAUUCGCGGUGAUGAACCGGGUGCUGUACAAGCUGGCGCUCGUGCCAAUGAAGGAUUACCCCUUCUUCCUCGCCCAAUUCGCCACAUUUGGGUAUGUCCUAGUGUAUUUCUCUAUUCUCUUCAUAAGAUUUCGCGCUGGAAUUGUCACUAAAGAAAUGUUAGCACUUCCAAAGGCACAGUUCAUGCUAAUUGGCUUGCUAGAAGCACUUGGUGUUGCUUCAGGCAUGGCUUCUGCUGCUAUGUUGCCUGGGCCAUCUAUUCCAGUAUUGUCACAGUCUUUUCUGGUUUGGCAGCUUAUCUUAUCUGUCCUCAUCUUGGGAAGGAAAUAUAGAGCAAACCAAAUUCUUGGCUGCAUGCUUGUCACCGCUGGAGUAAUUUUAGCAGUGGCUAGUGGAGCCAAUGGUGGUCCAUUUGUAUCUGAACUCAAUUUUUUCUGGCCAGCAGUAAUGAUAGCUUCAGCUGCAUUUCAAGCUGCUGCUUCCAUUAUCAAGGAGUUUGUUUUCAUCGAUGGAGCAAAACGCCUUGAGGGAAAGCGGCCUGAUAUAUUUAUAGUCAACUCUUUUGGUUCAGGGUUCCAGGCUCUUUUUGUUUUCCUACUCCUUCCAUUUCUCUCUAACUUGAAAGGGAUACCUUUUGCUGAACUCCCUGCGUACCUAAACCGUGGUGCUGCAUGCUUUCUGAAUAUUGGAGGGAAUCUAAAGGAUUGCCAUGGAGCUCCUCUGCUACCACUACUCUACAUGGCUCUGAACAUAGCCUUCAACAUUUCUAUGCUUAAUCUGGUGAAGAUGUCUACUGCUGUGGUUGCUUCACUAACAUCAACUUUAGCAGUACCUCUUACCAUCUAUGUCCUGUCACUGCCUCUACCAUAUCUACCUGAAGGGACAAAUUUGAGCGCAUCUUUUAUAAUUGGUGCUGUCACCUUAGUGCUCGGGCUGCUUCUAUACAAUCUUCCUCAAAGAUCAGCUGAUCAAAUGAAGAAGGAUUAAUCUAAACCGAUAUUGUAAAUGAGGAUGAUAGAAAGCUAUAGCUAUUGGUGCUCCUUCAUACAAGAAAAAAAAAAGAAUUGCAUGAAGUGAGCGGCACAAUUUGAUGCAGAACUUCUGCUACAAACAUUUGAGACACCACCUGACUAAAAGUAUUCCAACUGUUGUCAAUUCCUUUUUGAGCGAAUGUAAGUAUGGACUACUUCACAAAUUCCAUGGUUGUAUAGUUCUUUCUCACCAUUUUUUGGGGUGUUAGUACAAGAAUGUCAUGAGUUCCUUUUAAUUUA